UCGCGACGUUGUUCUCUUCUCCUCCUCUUCCUCUGGUCUCUCAGCGCUUUGUGGAAAGGGAAGAAGAGCUUGGGCGAUGAAAAUGGCGACACUCUCUUGGUCUUCUUCUAUAUCUUCAUCUCCUCUCUGCAAAUCCAGAUUCUCACGAAGAAAUCCGAUGAUGGGCAUCGAUUUCUGCUCUUUCUCCCCCAAAAAUAUCUGCCCAUCCACUUCCCUCAUCUACCCUUCGCGCCUCUCGCUCUCCGUCCGACAGAAUCGCCUCAGAAACUCGCUUCAAGUGAAAUCGGUGGCGAGUCCGGCGGAAACCGUGUCGGGAUUCGACGAUAUGGUUUCGGACACGAAACGGAAGUAUUACAUGCUUGGCGGGAAAGGAGGAGUAGGGAAAACUAGUUGUGCUGCUUCAUUGGCUGUCAAAUUCGCCAACAAUGGGCACCCAACCCUUGUGGUUUCUACGGAUCCAGCUCAUUCCUUGAGUGAUUCUUUCGCUCAGGACUUGACCGGAGGAAUGCUUGUACCUGUUGAAGGGCCUGAAUCGCCAUUGUUUGCUCUCGAGAUAAACCCCGAGAAGGCGAGGGAAGAAUUCCGUAGUGUCACACAGAAGGACGGUGGGAGUGGCAUCAAGGAUUUCAUGGAUGGUAUGGGACUGGGAAUGCUUGUUGAACAGUUGGGGGAAUUAAAACUCGGAGAGUUGCUUGACACUCCGCCUCCUGGACUGGAUGAAGCCAUUGCCAUAUCUAAGGUCAUUCAAUUUUUGGAUUCACCCGAGUAUGGAAUGUUCACCAGAAUAGUCUUUGAUACAGCACCAACAGGACAUACUCUAAGGCUACUCUCGUUACCUGACUUUCUGGACGCAUCCAUAGGUAAAAUACUGAAGCUUAAGCAUAAAAUAUCUUCAGCUACUUCAGCGAUUAAAUCUGUCUUUGGCCAAGAAGAAAACCGGCCGGAUGCUGCUGACAAAUUGGAGAGAUUGAGGGAGAGGAUGGUAAAAGUUCGUGAGCUUUUCCGUGACACAGAAGCAACAGAAUUUGUCAUUGUCACUAUCCCUACGGUGAUGGCAGUGAGCGAGUCGUCUAGAUUACGUGCUUCGUUGAUGAAGGAAAGUGUUCCCGUGAAGAGACUCAUCGUAAAUCAGAUCCUCCCUCCAACUUCCUCAGACUGCAAAUUCUGUGCCAUGAAGAGAAAGGAUCAGAUGCGGGCUCUGGAAAUGAUAAGAAACGAUCAAGAACUAUCGAGCUUGGAGCUGAUCGAAUCUCCAAUGGUGGAUAUGGAGAUCAGAGGAGUUCCUGCUCUUCGGUUUCUGGGCGAUAUCAUAUGGAAAUGAGGGGAGGAACAUCAAAUGACUUGUACAAGAAACAUGAUAAAACCAUAAUAAAAACACCAUGAAGCUUCUCUUCUGUC